AUGGGACUUUCCCAAGGUCACACACGUAGACACCGGCAGAAUGGAAACCAGAAAGAUAAGAUGAGUCCACUUUGCUUUCCCUUCAUCUCACCACACCGCUGGGGAGCAGCAGAACGAGCGGAUCAGCAGUCAGAUAAGAAGGAUCGUGAGAAACAGUCAAAGGAAGCUGGCUUAUUCCUGAGUGAAGACCCAGCGUCCCCCGGCAGCGGUCCUGACAGCGGCGGCCGCGUGCGGACCCUACGGAAGGGGCGACUGUACAGCAGGCGGGGGGACGCUGGGCGGGAUGGGGAUGAGGUGACGAAUGAAGGGACGAGAACCCUGACGAGGGACGGGAGAGUGACAGUGGGGCCACGAGGGCGUGGACGCUGGCGGAAACCCGUCUGCGCUUCGGUACCAGAAACUGGGGAGCCCGACGCCGGGCCAGCUGCCGCCCCCGAGGACCGGGACGGCCGCCCGGCCCGCCCGCCAGCCCCCAGAAAGUGCCCGAGGCCCGCGCGCGCCCGAGUCGCGCUCCCGGGAGGAGCGGGGGCGGGGCUCGCGCUGACGUCGGCCUGGGGCGGGACUGCGAAAUCGCGCAGGGGGCGGGGCGCGUGGUGGCGGCGCCGGCGGCGGCGCCCGGGCAGCAACGGCAGCGGCAGCGGCAGCCCUGAGCAGGGUGAGACGGCCGCGGUGGCGGCAGCUCGGGGUCGGGCGGCGCCUGGAGCUUCCCGCCCGUCGCUGGCGCUAGGCCCCUCGGCUCUCCUCCGCCCGCUCCUCCUCACGGCCCUGGCUGGGUCCCGGCAGCGUGCCGCCGGGGAGGGCGGAGCCGUAGGUGCAGGAGUUACUGAUGGCCAUGGAGAAGGUAAAACAGGAGCUGGAGUCCAUGAAGGCGACGCUGUCCUGCACUCAGCAGUCACUGGCAGAGAAGGAAACUCAUGUGACCAACCUUCGGGCCGAGAGAAGAAAACACUUAGAGGAAGUUCUGGAGAUGAACACAUGCAAAUGACAGUCCAGGCUCUCCAGGAUGAAUUGCGGAUCCAGAGGGACCUAAACCAGCUGUUUCAACAGGAUAGUAACAGUAGGACUGGUGAGCCUUGCGUGGCAGAGCUGACGGAGGAGAACUUUCAGAGGCUGCACACUGAGCAUGAGCGGCAGGCCAAGGAGCUGUUCCUCCUUCGAAAGACUCUGGAGGAGAUGGAGCUGCGGAUUGAGACUCAGAAGCAAACCCUGAACGCUCGGGACGAAUCCAUCAAGAAGUUUCUGGAGAUGUUGCAGAGCAAGGAGCUUUCUGCUAAGGCUACUGAGGAGGACCAUGAGAGAACAAGGAGACUGGCAGAGGCAGAGAUGCAUGUCCACCACCUCGAAAGCCUUUUGGAGCAGAAGGAAAAAGAGGACGCUCUGUUGAGAGAGGAUUCAGAAAUUUCCUCUAUGGAGCGUGGGCUCCAAGACUUGGAAGAGGAGAUUCAGAUGCUGAAAUCGAACGGGGCUUUGAGUACUGAAGAACGAGAGGAAGAAAUGAGGCAAAUGGAGGUCUAUCGGAGCCAUUCUAAAUUUAUGAAAAACAAGGUCAUGAUUGGUCAGGUGAAGCAGGAGCUGUCCAGAAAGGACAGAGAACUACUAGCCCUACAGACAAAGCUAGAAACACUCACCAACCAGUUCUCAGACAGCAAGCAGCACAUUGAAGUGCUGAAGGAGUCCUUGACUGCUAAGGAGUCGAGGGCUGCCAUCCUGCAGAACGAGGUGGAUGCUCUGCGGUUGCGUUUGGAAGAGAAGGAAACCAUGCUGAAUAAGAAGACAAAACAAAUCCAGGACAUGGCUGAGGAGAAGGGGACACAAGCUGGAGAGAUCCAUGACCUCAAGGACAUGCUGGAUGUGAAGGAGCGGAAAGUUAAUGUCCUUCAGAAGAAGAUUGAAAAUCUCCAAGAGCAACUUAGAGAUAAGGAAAAACAGAUGAGCAGCUUGAAGGAGCGAGUCAAAUCCUUGCAGGCUGACACCACCAACACUGACACCGCCUUGACUACUUUGGAGGAGGCCCUUGCCGAGAAGGAGCGGACAAUCGAACGCUUAAAGGACCAGCGGGACCGAGAUGAGCAAGAAAAGCAGGAGGAAAUUGAUAACUACAAAAAAGAUCUUAAAGACCUGAAAGAAAAAGUCAGCCUAUUGCAAGGCGACCUCUCAGAGAAAGAGGCUUCACUCUUGGAUCUGAAAGAGCAUGCUUCUUCCCUGGCUUCCGCAGGAUUGAAAAAGGACUCACGGCUUAAGACACUAGAAAUUGCUUUGGAGCAGAAGAAGGAAGAGUGUCUGAAGAUGGACUCGCAGUUGAAAAAGGCACACGAGGCAGCAUCGGAAGCCAGAGCCAGUCCAGAGAUGAGUGAUCGAAUACAGCAAUUGGAGAGAGAGAUUGCCAGGUACAAAGAUGACUCUAGCAAGGCCCAGGCAGAAGUUGACCGCCUCUUGGAAAUCUUGAAGGAGGUGGAAAAUGAGAAGAAUGACAAAGAUAAGAAGAUUGCUGAGUUGGAAAGGGAAGCUGAAGAGGCACUCUCUAUGUUAGAGAGGUUGAAGGAUGGUUUUAAAACUAUGUACUUUUCGGGACAUAUUUUUCCAAUAUAUCUGCCUCUCUGAAUUUACUUUAUUACCUACUUUUUAUUCUAAGUCAGUGUAACCUCACCGUUGCAGUCUCUGAAUGGCAACACGGAGUGGGAAUAGAUUGGGAAGCUAUAGACUUCAGCAUCAUUGAUUGGAAAGAGAAAGUAUUCAUUGAUUAAGAAGUUAAAGUUUUCUACUGGCUAAUCAAGAGAGUGCAGAUAGCCACUUGCUCUCUCAUUAUUUAUUUAUCUGUUUAAGGAACAAAUGAACCUCAAGUUUAAGGAGUUAAAAUUUUUAAUUGGUUUAGACCUUUUAUGUUGAGCCGUUGCUCUUUUGGGCUGUGAAUUUUUAGACUCUGUAUUGUGGAGAAGCAAGCUAUUACAUUGGUACAUAGGUCAAAUUUAGAAGGAGGGACAUUUUGAGGACAAGUUAGGAGACUUGGAUGUGAUUUUUUUUUUUUUUUAGGAUUGAUUGAUUGAUUGAUUGAUUGCUAUGUUGGGUCUUCGUUUCUGUGCGAGGGCUUUCUCUAGCUGCGGCAAGUGGGGGCCACUCUUCAUCGCGGUGUGCGGGCCUCUCACUAUCGCGGCCUCUCUUGUUGCGGAGCACAGGCUCCAGACGCGCAGGCUCAGCAGUUGUGGCUCACGGGCCCAGUUGCUCUGCGGCAUGUGGGAUCCUCCCAGACCAGGGCUCGAACCCGUGUCCCCUGCAUUGGCAGGCAGAUUCUCAACCACUGUGCCACCAGGGAAGCCCUCUGGAUGUGAUUUUUUAUUGAGCUCUGACUUUGACUUCUUCAGAAUGGGCUUUGUUUAAAUAGAACCAGCCAGAUAGCUCUCUUGGAAUUUUCUUUGCCUUUUUUUCUUGUUAGGGUAUUUUGUACUAAAGAUAAAGCGUAUGCCUCUUGGCCUCUUCCUUUACACCAUGUAUUUAACAUAAAUUCACAAGUGCAUAGAAAUAGUUCUUCCAGUAGAACUGCAUUAAUCACUGUAUUCUGAACAGUCAGAGAGACUGGCAGUGACAGAAUGAAGUCAUUAAUCCGUGUGACUCCUUUGAGCCUGAUUCUUAGAAGUAUUUUAUUUUCAUGCUCUUGAUUGUUGGGAAGUAGUAGACUACUUUCAUAAGUUGUUUACUAAGUUUUAAAUUUUUAGGAUAUUGGUAGACUUGAUAUUUUCCCCUAGAAGUAACUUUUUCCUCUUGUUCUGUACCCAUAGAAUUUUGAUUUUCAAAAAACUAAAGGGAUAAAGUCCAACCCUCACAAUUCUUCUUCACUAAGUUGAAAGUGUGAAUGAAUGAGCUGAUCACCUACUCACUUGUUUCCUCUUAUUUUGAUAUUAACUCUAUUCAUGUUUUCUGGUCUGGUUCUGGAUAAGAUGGGUGGAUAAAGUUCUUUAAGUCAGAAUUAACAAAUUAUCAGAGUCUCAAGAUUAGAUUAUGUAUGUUUUUUGUACGUCUUCCCUGUUUGCACUGCAUCUUUACCCCCAGCACACGUGCACGUGCACACACACACACACACACACACUCUCUCGUUACAUACUUACAUAAGUACAUGCCUUUCUUUGCUUUUGUGUCACCCUGAAAUCAACAGCAGUACUUCAUAGAUGUAAUUUAUUUUUAUUUUAUUUAUUUAUUUUUUGAAAUCAGACUUUUAUUCAAAUUUUAAUUUCAUAGAUUUUAAAAUACGAUACUUCUGAUGGAUUAGUGACUUCCCACUAAAUGUAUUUCAGUGUUUCAGAAAAGAAAUUUCUUGAUAAAGUUUUAUUUUUCAGUUUGAUUUUUUUGUGUUAGAACUCUGCAUUGAAAUUAUUGCUUGCUAUUCCAGAUACCUUGCUUGAAAAAUGUUUCAAUUCAUUUUUGGACCCAGUACUGAUUUGGGGAGAUGGACGUGAUUUGAACGAGAAGACAUUCUGGCUGUUACAGGGAAGAUUAACCAAGAUGGCGGAGUAGAAGGACAUGCUCU